AUGGUAAAGCCUAUUUCAGUUACAUUCACACAGAAUAGAGGUGCAGAUGCUGGACCGUUCUGGAUUGGAAUUCGUAAAAUAAAUGGCAUCUGGCAAGUACCGGCUCAGAACAACGUUACUGCAUCAACCAUGGGUUGGAGCACACCUUUUGGUUAUGAACCAGCCGUAAACAGCACCUGGAGAGUUGGAGAGCCAGAUGGUUGCUGCCCUCCUGAUGUUACCUGUGCUAUCUCGAAUUAUGCUGGAACGUAUAACUGGGAUGACGCCGGUUGCCAAACUGUCUGGACGGGCAAGACCGGUGUUGUUUGCCAGAGAUACACUUUCCAACCCGUCUUCUGA